AUUACCGAUCGUUGAGACGAAAGGCAUUUAUUUUUCUUUUUUUUCUUUUCUCUUGUUUUUCUCCGUCUUCUCCGAUUCUCCGCCAGACCAAGAUCGUGUCUGACGCUCCGACGAAGAUUGUGUCUGCAAUCGCUGCGACUUGUGGUGUGGACUAAGUCGGCUUUUGAGCAGGAUCUAUGGAUUGUUUGAGAAGCCGUCGGAGAAGGAGAAGGGGUAUGUGCUUCCCAGGGCUGAUAGUGAAAAUGGUGAAAACUGUCACGUGAGAAGACUUGGAAGAAGAGCUUCGUCUGCUGGCAUCUUACAGAGGCCAAACACUGACCAAAACUGGUAUGUGUGCGAGGCAUGAUGUAUUACCGAAGGGCUUUGGAGCUCCAGGCCUUCCUUGAUAUGGCAAAGGAUGAAGGUGCCUCACGAAACUUUGUUAUGAUUACUUCUAAAACCUGUGUACACAUUCCUGAAUCUGUUUUCCCCAAAAGAGAGAGCAGGUUCAAGAUGUUCAAUAUGCAAUUUGAUGAGUUGCAUCAGAGACAAUCACAAUGGACGGUUCCAGACACAGAGCUAAGAGAGUCACUAAGACUUGCUGUUGCUGAAGUAUUAUUGCCUGCUUAUAGAUCAUUCCUCAAACGCUUUGGGCCUCUGGUUGAGAGUGGUAAGAAUUCUCAGAGAUACAUAAAGUAUACAGCUGAACAUCUUGAGAGAUUGGAUAUUUUUGUUCCUGCAGGUCAUUUAUCGGAUUAA